CUCAAAAGCAAAAUUUCCUGCGCCAAGUGUCACCGUAACAGCUGACUCCCGUGUGUUGGCCAUCAGCUGAUUGACACCAACCUCAUGAUUAAGAGCCUUCUGACACACGAUAUGACACUUUUCUAGCAUUUAGACACAACAUUGAAAAAAAGAAGUCAUGUCAAAACACUCAGGCACGGCAUCAGCGCGUCUAAGGGCCGACUAUAUGCGAUUAAAACGUGACCCAGUGCCAUAUGUGACUGCUGACCCCCUGCCCUCAAACAUUCUGGAGUGGCAUUAUGUUGUGGAAGGGCCAGAGCAGAGCCCCUAUGAGGGAGGCUAUUACCACGGCAAGUUGGUUUUCCCGAUGGAGUACCCGUUUCGACCGCCCAGCAUAUACAUGAUCACACCCUCGGGUCGCUUCAAGACCAACACGCGACUGUGCCUCUCCAUUUCAGACUUUCAUCCUGACACGUGGAAUCCAGCCUGGUCCGUGGCCACCAUACUGACUGGGCUUUUGUCAUUUAUGCUGGAGAAAGCCCCUACAUUCGGUAGCAUAGAGACAAGCGACUAUGAGAAAAGACAACUGGCCCAGCAGAGUUUAAGCUUUAAUUUGAAGGACAAGGUUUUUACGGAACUCUUUCCUGAAAUCACAGAGACUAUCCAAGAGAAACUGGCACAGCGCGAGCAGGAGUUGGCGGAGAGAGCUAAAGCGAUAGAGACCGGAAGCCUGAGUGAAAAGGACCGCACGAACUCUGACAGUGGCAACCAGAACCUCGACGCCAGCCACAUGUCUGCCCUCACAAACCUCCUUGUCGUC